GCACAAAAGUUCAUAUUGGCCGAUAGCCGAUACAUGAGCUCUCGGAGUCGGAGCUAGGGAAAAAAAGAGCCACUGUUUAAAGCUAGACAAAAAGAGCCACUGUUUAAAGCUAGACAGGAAGACACGGAAGUGGAAAGAUGGCCUUGUCCAGUCUCGCGCUCUCGCUUGCCUCACUGAGCACUACACAUUCUCUGGAGCACUUUUCAUAGAAGUGAAUGGGGACGCCAUCUUGGAAGACAAAAGUAGCUUACUCUAGUUAUAUUAACUCUAUGGUGCUGAGUCUGAGGUACUGCGCGCACACAACUGGACUUGUUGAAUGGUGUAACAAAGCCCACCUUCUUUCGCAAUGUCGGUUUAGACAGUUUGAAAAGCAGUAAAACCAAUACCGUUAACUAAGCCGCACGCAGGACAACCCUUUAUUUAACGGGCAGCUUUGGCAGUCCUUGUUCCGGUGUUUGAUUUCAUUUGACAGUCCACGAUCUUACAACAAGAAAUGUCCAACAACUAUGGUUCGGCUAUCGGCCUUUUGUCUUAUGAGACGUUGGUGCAUGCCGUGGCUGGUGCAGUGGGUAGCAUGACGGCGAUGACAGUCUUCUUUCCUUUGGACACUGCCAGGAUCAGACUGCAGGUGGAUGAAAGUCGGAAGGCCCAAACCACCCCCGUCAUUCUGGUUGAAAUAGCAAAGGAAGAGGGCGUGUUGUCUUUGUACAGAGGCUGGUUCCCUGUUAUCUCCAGCCUGUGCUGUUCAAACUUUGUCUACUUCUACACCUUCAACACACUUAAGAAACUGAUGGUGUCAGGCAAGCCCAGACCGAGCAAAGACCUGCUUAUGGGCUUUAUAUCAGGUGCAGGGAACGUGAUCCUGACCACACCCAUGUGGGUGGUCAACACUCGGCUGAAGCUACAAGGGGCAAAGUUUAGGAAUGAAGACCUGCAUCAAACCCACUACAAGGGCAUAUUUGAUGCUUUUUCCCAGAUCAUAGCCAAAGAGGGAUUGGGGACGCUUUGGAAUGGUAUCCUGCCUUCUCUGGCUCUGGUGUUCAAUCCUGCCAUGCAGUUCAUGUUCUAUGAGACCAUGAAGAGGAGGGCCGGCCAAGGAGGGAGGAGGAUUUCCUCUGUCGAGAUCUUUCUCAUUGGAGCACUUGCCAAGGCUAUUGCUACAACAGCAACAUAUCCCCUGCAGACAGUCCAGGCUAUACUAAGGUUUGGCCAGUUCAAAGCUGAAGGCAAGGGUGGUGUAUUUGGAAGUCUCAGAAAUGUUAUCUUCCUCCUAAUGGACAGAAUCAAGAGACAUGGAGUGCUGGGCCUGUACAAAGGCCUGGAGGCCAAGCUCCUUCAGACUGUACUAACGGCUGCUCUAAUGUUCGUAGUGUACGAGAAGAUUACAGCUGUCACCUUCAAAGUCAUGGGCCUGAACAAGAAACUGAAGCACUGAGAUUUAUCUGACAGGUUAUUUUCAGGUGUUUUGAUUCAGGACUGGCAUUUUUUACCGUUUAAGUCUUUCAUAAGUCAUCAUAAAUCAUCAGACAGAAUCUAUCAGAUGUGGUGGGUCUCAAAAGUCUUUGCGUCAUUCCUCACAUUUUUUCCUUUUGUGGAAUGUGAGAGGUGCUUAAUGGGAAAGGGGGGAAAGGCUUGAGAAAUAACCUUCAGCCCAACCUUCAACAAGAUUCAGCCCCGACAGUUUCCACUCCCACAACCUCCCUUUCUGUGACUCAGCUUUUCUGACUGCAUUGGUUUUCACUGCUCUGCCCUCAUCAGCAAAUCAGAUUGUUAUUUAGAUUAAUAUAACAUUGUUGGUGGAUGGGUGGUGGGAAUCCUCGAGUUAGAUGAAUAGUGUGCUAGUAUGCAUUAAGUAAGCAAGUAUUUCUGUGAAGAUAGAUUUGUUACAUUAUACUUGAAACGUGCUGGCUACACUUUAAACCUCAUCAGCUUAUUUAUGUGGCAUAACCUGUCAUUGAUGUUGGUUGUCUAACAUUAGAUUACAUUGCACGUGCACUUGACCUUGUUUUAAAUAUACAGAGCCAAGAAAGUGGAUGGGAGUGACAGAGACAGUUUCAUGUUCAUUUCCACCAUCUACUGCAUUGCAUCUUAAGCACUGUAUACUUUGGUACAUCGUACAGCGGCAUAGCCGUGGGAACACAUUUUAUCAGGGGGGUGGCUUAAUGUUGCGGGGCGGUGCCGCAGUGGUGGAUUUUCAAGUCAUAUCAUUUUAAAUUCUCGUGCUGUCAUUAGGGGUUGCUGCAGCACCCAUAGUUCCUGCAGCCAUGCGCAGCAGUACAGGUCACUGUCAGCCCCCCUCCAGAGGAAUGCAACCCUAUUUAGAAGGAAGUGCCAAUUCAUCAACCAGCUGGAAACUGGAAAACCAGCAGUUUUCCAGUUUUAACUUAAACAUGGAUAACAUGAAGCUAAUUCUAUGUUUCAAUAUUGGUACAGUGACAGGUGACUUUUUCUU